AUGUCUGCUCCAUACCACAAGCCGCAAGCGCGGCAGGACCGCGAACUCCUGCGACACCUACAUCGUCGAUUGACUUCAUCGACGAUUCCAGUGCCCCUACAGGGAGAAACUUACGGCAAAUGGCACGCCAGGAUGAUGGAUGACCUUGCGGCUGUUCGAGACGCUGAUGCGGAGGCGUACAGAAAGGAGUAUGGCCCGUGGCAUGCUUGGGAAUAUCAGGAAUGGCAUGCCAAAGAGCAAGAAAGAGCCACUGCGCCAUGGAAUAUUGCUUCGCAUGGUGCCGCAGCUCCCGCAGUCACAGUCGCAGGAGGAUCGCAGAUGUUUCCUCAUGCUGCUGCGAAUGCUUCUACAACACCAGCCACACCAACGCCUGUGGUUGGUGGUGCCGCUGUACCUGCUCAUGGCGAAGGUGGCUCCAAGGCUCCUGUGCCUCCAAUGCUAGCCAAUCCGUUGCCUGUGGCAGAGAUCAAAAAACUCAAACAUGUCUUGAAAGCUCGAUCGGGAGAGGCUGGAAUAGACGAACUGGCACAGCGAUAUAGUGCAGGCAGCACUGAGGACAAGAGAGCCAUUUUGAACAAAUACAUUGCUGACCGCACCUUGAGUUUCCGAUUUGAGAUCGCUCAAGAGACUGAGCUAGCAAGAAUGGAAGGCUCGACUACAAGCGGCCGGUGGAUGACACUGAAGCAAAUCGCUCAGCAAGAGGGUAUGCAGCUGGACGAUCCUCACCUGCCUCUGGUGAUCAAGGAUUUACCUGAGAGGGACCAUGAAAAUCCAGCUCUUGCCGCUGAGAAUGUGAAACAGUACCGCGUGGAGAAAUUCAAGGAUCAUGUGUCAAAUCAACACAAAGAAGCUACUGUGUUUCGGAACACAGCAAUGGGAAUGGAGAGAGUCAGGAAGCCCGGGAGCCAGCCGUCUUCCGCUCUCUCAGUUGGUGGCAAAGGAGGAGGCAAGGCUUCGGGAGCUGGCCUUGUCGUUAAUUGGAACACAGCCAACAAAGGCAUCAAAAAGAACAUCAGUGCUGGCUUGAAAGACGCCAUGCAGGCGAUGAGUGUCUCCCAGAAGUUCCGGUCCUCCAUCGAGACUUCGAGUGACAAGGUAGCUCUCAAAGAUGGCCAAAAGAUCUUGCAGGAAAGCAUCGAGGCAACGGAGGACAUCGUGGAGGCAACUCUUGAUACGGAGAUUGAUCACUUGCGCCUGAAGGAGUCUCUGCAGGCUUUGCUGAAGACAACUAUGGCCUUCAGAGAUUUGUUGUAUCAUGUGGCGCCAAAGGCCAAGCCAACUCCGAAAGAGGACAAGCCAGUGACAUUGAGAGAUGGCACCAUUCGCAUCUUUCCAGUGAGACUAGCAGGAUGCAUCAUGGAUGAGUCUGCAAUGCAUGCAAUGUGGUGUUGCAAAGGCGCCUCUGGUCGACGACCGUGCAUGAAAUGCAAGAACUGUGUUGCCAAACUGGCAGGUGGCAUCGCGCCUGUGGAGGUUGGGCUGUUUGUCCAGGCAUUAUUGUCAGAUGGGAUGAGCUGGAACCAGAUCCAAGAUUGUGCGGCAGUGGACAUUUCCUCCACCCAUCCUGUCAGUCUGCAAUCCCGGAAACGCUUGCUGUCGGAUCCUUAUUUUGGUUCCAAUGUUGGAUGGAAAGCGUCUGGAUCGGAGCACAUGAUGAUGAUGCCGCUACUUCACUUGUGGCUGAUGCUACACAUUCAUGGUACACAGCGUUGGGAGCGCUUGCAGGACAAAUGCUAUUCCUUCCAACUUCUCUGUGAACGGUUGUAUACCCUAUGUGUCUUAGCUUGGAGCCAAAGAAGCACUUUCCGAGAUCUCCUGCGAUCCAAACAGCAAGCCCAUUAUGCUCAGUUUUUGCGAGCCUAUGGGCGUGAGCAUGCUAGACCGAAGCAUCAUUAUUCUUUGCAUGCAGCUGACGCGUGGACUGAGUUCGGUUGCUGCUUGGACACAAAAACGCAAGAACGCAAGCAUCAAAUGUUGAAACGAGAGAUCGAAUCUUCCGGACAGAAUCUGGCAGGCUUCGAAGAACGCAUGCUUCGACUCAUCUUGUUAACACAGGUGAAUGAAUUGAACAAGGCAAGCGAAAGCAUUGGCAAGGCCUUCUUGUGCGAAAGCACCUUCGUGAAACCCAAUCACUGGCAAAGUUACACUUUGAAACAAAACCUUGUCACGUGGAAGGUGGACAAUGUUGUGAUCCAGCAUGAUUUGCUUUGGGCUGGAAGAAUCAAAUGCUUUGAACAACAUGGUGAUACCAUCACAGUCGUCCUGGAAAAAUUUGAAUCCACUCGGGUCAUUGGAUUUGGCCUUUUCGAAUGGUGCAGAGCAGACACUGAAUUGCUUCGGAUGAUGUGGAAUGAGAUGCAAGUAUAUCGACCCGCCCAUUGGAUACUAUCAGGUAACAGUUUACUCACCCUAUGGUAA